GUUUUCAUGGCGAAUCUCUGGAAUGGCGACCGAUUACUAAAUUGAAAGUUUUACAAAGUUUUGAUAUUUUUCUGUUGUUAUUGAUAAACGCAGUUGUUUGCCACUAACGCAGAACAAAAUUAAUUGCGAGAUCAAUGAACUUGGCAUUUAGUUUGUCUAAUAAUAAUGCCUCGACGAAACGCAGAUACGGAAGAUGUAUUAGUAUGUAAGAAAAAGAAAGUAGUAGAAGAAUUGUCUAGUAUGGAUACAAGCUAUAGUGACGACGAGGCCUUACCUCCGGGUUUAAUUUUCACUGACAUAUCAAAAAGGCAAUGGAGGAUUGGAAAGCCUAUUGGUCGCGGAAGCUUUGGCAGAAUAUAUCUAGUAUCAGAUGACAUUGAUAAAGAGGUCACAAAAUUAAAUGCUCGGUAUGUUGUUAAAAUAGAGCCACACACAAGUGGACCACUGUUUGUUGAAAUACACUGUUUCCUCAAAAUGGGGCAAGCUUCCAAAGUGAAGUCAUGGUGUCAACAACAUAAUCUUAAACGCUUGGGUGUGCCACUCUAUGUUGCUAUUGGUUCAUUCACUGAUAAAACAACCAAUGUGAAAUAUAGAUUUCUUAUAUUACCUCGUUAUGAAAUGGACUUACAAAAAAUUAUUACCAGAACAAGAGUGCUUGAUUUGAAAAAUGUCCUCUUAAUCUCACAACAAAUUCUUGAUAUUCUUGAAUACUUGCACAGUCAGGGCUAUGCACAUUCUGAUAUUAAAAGCUCAAACCUUAUGCUUGGUUUUGAUGGCAAGAAGAAUAACAAGAACCAAGUUGCUUUACCAAGUAUCUCAUUUGAAAAGGACACAAAACAAGCGGUAGUUCUAUCGAGGCGACCUAAAAAGGCCAAGAAUGGAAAAUCCAGAUCCUCAAACUACUAUGAUGAUGAAGACUUUGUAACUAGAGCCACCCAUGGCGAAGAAGAAGAUAAAAGACUGACAAGUGUUAAAAAGAAACUAACAAAAAUCCUAUCUAACAAGGACAAUAGAACUCUGCAUAGGCAUCAUGCCUUUAACUUAAGGCAAAUGUCUAGUUACGUAAAUUAUGAGGAAAUGAAUAGCUCAAUUUGCUCUGAUAGAUCUUAUCAAAGACUGCUAGAUGACUAUGGGAAAUUUCAUGAUGAAAUUGACAAUUCUGAAGGCAAAGUAAAUUCCUUAGAUGAAAUAUACAAAGAAGCAAUUCUAUCCCAAUCAUCUGGACAGAUAUACUUGCUAGAUUAUGGCUUGGCUUCAAUGUUUGUGGAUGGCGAUGGAAAUCACAAGGAGCUGUGCAUGGAUGCCAGAAAAGCUCACGAUGGAACAUUAGAAUAUAGUUCUCGCGAUUCUCAUAUUGGAGCACAUUCUAGAAGGUCUGAUUUGGAAACCCUCGGCUAUAACAUUCUGGAUUGGCUAACAGGAGCCCUACCGUGGAAAACACCAGAACUGCUAGCUGAACCAGACUUAGUUCAUGCCUUGAAGAAAAACUUUAUGAGUGAUAUUAAAUUAUUGUUAAAGACAUGCUUUAAAACAGAAUUCUACCCUCAGUUUAUUGAGAAAUACUUUCAAUAUGUUACCAGCUUAGAUUUUAAAGAGAAACCUGAUUACGAGUAUUGUAAAAGUCUGUUCAAAAGUGAGCUUCUUAAAAAUGAUUUCACUUUUGAUAAUAAGGAUGGAUUAAUUAAUUUCAAUGACCCAAAAGUUAUUUCUAAUAUUAACUGUCACUCAAAGAGAUUUGCUAAGAAGAACACCGGAGCAAAUUUUCGAAUUAAAAAUGGAAUAAAGAAAGCAUAUGAAAGAGAAAAUUUUUGUUCACUUGAAAAUAACAUGAAACUAGAACUAUUAAGACGGACUUUAAAUAUUUCUAGCGAUGGUCAGAGGAAGCCAUGUACGUCACGUAAUUUCUUUAUAUCAGAUGCAGAUUUAGUGACGCGAUUGAAGAAAUCAUUAAUGCCGCAUGAAAUGUUUGGAAAAAAGUUGUCGCCGAAAAAUCUGCGCUCUAAGAAAAGGAAUAUCAAAAAGAGCAAAAAGGUAAGAAAGCACCGAAACAGCAUUGGAAAAUUUGGAAACUUUAUGGGCUCAUCUAAACAGUUUACUUGGGCAGAAAUAUUAGCAAGGAACCCUGAAGAUAUCAUACGCAAAGAACGUAACCCGCAAGUAGAGACAUUUGACGAUGAUGAUUCAACAUGCAAAUACAGAAUCAGGAAGCUUUCCUGCACUUCCGACAAUUCCGACACAAAUUUACAAUCACCAAUAUUACAAAAAGAUUACUUAAAAGGUGUUACUCUCACAUAUGCCAUGAAAGAAGUUAUCGCGAAUUUUAAGAGAAAGGUGUCCCGUAAAUCUAGAGUGAAAGAGGAUAGUGACCAAAUAGAAGGUUAUACACCAGCCAUGAUGGCAGUUCAUAAAUUACGAGAUAGAAAGAAUAAUAAAGCAAGAAUAGAAGAAGUAAAGGAAGAUGUAGUUUCUUCCAGGUGCACUAGAUCUAUGGCGUCAAAAAAAGCUGAUAGUAAAGAAAAGCUUAGUUGUAAGAAGGCAGCAACUGACUCUGACAAAGAAGAUGUAACUCAAGAGAAACCAACUAUUACAAAGAAAUCCAGCAAGAAGGAGAAUAAAGUUGUCAAAAGUAAGAGUGCAGUGGAACUUAGCAGCUCCAAAUCACCUCCUAGUUCAGAAAAUAAGAAAACAGCGCGUAAGACACAAGUCACUGUAAACAGAAUAAGACUAAGGAGCAGUAAUCGUCAGAAACUCAACUAAUUUAUCGGUAAAUCAAUAGUUUUAGGAUACAAUUUGUGAAAUUGGGUAUGAUGUGUUAAACUACUUGAUAAUAUAAAAAAAUAAUCAAAUGCCAAUCCGUGUAUAUGUUCGAGCCAUAAACUUAGUAUACUACCAUAAUAGACUCAUGAGUCUCCUGUCAAAUUGGACCGCGUUUUAAUUGUAGUGUUUUUAUCGUUAUUGUUCUGUGUUUUUAAUGGAUAUUUAUUAUAAAAUAUAAUGUUCUGUGUUAGAUUGUGUUGUUGAUUCUUGAAUACUUUUUUAGUGAUGUUUAUUUUCGGGAACAUAUGCACUAUACUAAGUAUUACAUUUUAUAUACGCAGUAAACACUCUAUUUUCUUAAGAUUAUAAUCAUUUAAGUAAAUAUUUGCUCGAUAAUAAAAUAUUGGUUGCGUGAAUAUGACGCCGUUUAUCAAUAUUUGUCAGUUUAUGGUUCGAAUAGAACUGAACCUGGGACCAAGUGGGCUUAUGGUAUUCAAUGUGAUUCCUUCUCACGCGCUUCCGGUGGUUCUGAUUGCCCACCAAAUUAGCUUUUUUUUAUUCAUGAAUAAGCCCAGGUCCGUGUCAUUUGUUAAUAUACUAUUUGUUACUGUCCCUUUGUUCCUUGUUCCACUUAACCAACACACCAUGAAGUAGGUUAAUUAUUUAAAAACAUUAGUACCAAACGGCUAUAUCCAUGGAUUGUCAAUUAGAAUUGAAUUAUUUCAAAGAUAUCUCCUGUAUGCGGAAGAUCAAGUUAUUUUAUCAUCAUUGGUAGAGGAACAAUGGAAGAUGUUAUGAUUGCUGACGAAUUGUUAGAAAAUUGAUGAGGGUCUUGGUGAGUUAACUAAGACAAUUGAACACAAUAUGGUUUGAAUAUGAAGCUUGUUAACAAAGCAUAGGACCACAUGAAGUUGAUAUUGAGAAGAGUUACAAUGUGUAACAGUGUAAAUUUGACCAGACACCUGUUUAGGAUCCGAUUCCUAGUCCCGAGCAUAAACAGUCUCAGGCUUCAAGAAGGAUUAUUCUCAAAUGCUCACAAAUGCGUAGAUACUGCUAUCUGUCCGCCAUAUUGGUUAGAUCAUUCUUCUUAUUGCAAAACUUGGUCACAGCAGAUUUAAGAUCGCAUGUAUGACGAAAUGAUGUACUCAUAGACUUAUAUUAGAAUAUCAAGGGCUUAAUUUUUCAACCUACCCUCAAUUCAGAAUGACGAAGAACCUUAGAUAUAUCAUACUUAUAAGUUUUCCAUUUCUUUCCAUUUUUUUAAAUAUUAAAAAUUUUGAUACUCAAGUUUUUGAUUGUUAUGUCUUACAUACGUGUAGAUAAACUAUGAGAGCUCUGAAAACGUCGAAAUAAGUUAUUGAGGUUGACUGUUAACCUCUAUUUUGAUCAAUGCAUGCACAGUAACACAAAGUGACAUACUAAUCGCAAGUUACACACGUAACUUGUCACGCACACUAAAGUAAUAAACCUGGCCUGUUUACAUCGUUUAUUUAGCAGCAAGGCUCUAUCUAGACGUAUAAAUUAUCUAAGGGUAAUGAUAUAAAAUAUUAUUAUUUACAUGUUAAAGUAAACUAACAUAUGUAAUGUGGAAUUUAUUUAUUGGCUUAAAUUAAAACAAAGAAGAAGGUUUAGUACACAUACCCAAUUAUUUAAGUAUGUAUCUAUUAUUUGAUACUAUUUCUAAGUUUAAGGCUGACACAAGAUUUGUUCAAUCAAAUAAUUAUUAUAAGUGUAAAAAAACAAGGUUUUGGACUCGGCAUGUAAAUGACCAGUCUAAUAAUCAUCAAUUUGUAGCAAAACCAGUCACGGGGUGACACUAUCAUCUAACAGUUCAACUGUUUAUCUAGAAUGCCAUAUAUAGAGGGAUAGUUGAAUUAUAAUAAUUAAAAGAAUAAAAUAUUUAAAAAAAACCUCUAUUGUACUGGAAUUGUAAGGAUGAACAUAGACACAACAGAUAGUCAUAGACAACAACAGAUAUAUCAAUAAUAGAGGACUUCAGAUCACAUACAUAUAGAACAGAUGUCAUAUUUGAUGAUGUUAAAUCGUGUUGGAGCACUAUUGCUCCUAUCAAUACAGCCAACUCACACAAGCAGACCCUCCAAACAUUAUUGUGGUUAAUUCACCGAGAUGGCAAUAAGAACACAAAAUACCUUUAUAUAAAUAUGUUAUAAGAAAAUUUGUACCCAUCCUCACUUCAUGAGGUUGGAACACAUUUUCGUUUGAUACAGUUAGUUGUUUUUUAAAUUUUGUAUGAGAACCCUUUUCUUGUUACUCUUUAGAACUGAGGUAUCAAUAUUAUAUUGUGGAGUGUAUUGAUUAUUGAUCAUGAGUUAUGACAGCCUGGAGUUAUGUUGGACUGUUGGACAAUAGUGUGGACUCGGCCUUAUUUGUGCAACAAGACUCAAACAAAAAAAAAUACAUGUAUAAAUAUUAAAGUGAGAUUUUUAACAGAUACAUGAGAUAUGCAUGUAUCACAGUGUUACUGUUAUUACCAUAAAAAAGUUGUGCACUAAAAGCUGUCUAUUAGUGUACAAAAAAGAAUGUUCCAAAUAAGCAUUUAUGAUAAUAGAAUAAACUCUUUGUAGGUUGCCAUGCUUUUUUAUUAAUAUUAAAAGGAUUGAUCACA